AUGGCACCAGAAACAAAGGCUAAGACCAAGCUUCCCAUUGUCUUGGGCGCAAUGACAUUUGGAAAACCCGGCGUAAUGCAAGUCCGCGUUGGCGAUAUGAAAGACGUCACAUCCAUGAUCGAAAUCUUCCAAUCACAUGGCCACAACGAAAUAGACACUGCCCGUGUCUACGGCAUGGGUUCCUCAGAAGAAUAUCUCGGCCAACUUCAACCUUCCUAUACUGACCGUGGUAUCAUCAUGGCCACCAAACUUUAUCCCUUUAAGAAUAACGGGAUGCAAAUUACGCAUUCAGCUGAUGAUCUCAGACUUCAUCUGGAUAAGAGUUUAAAGGCCUUAGGAGUUGAAAAGGUCGAUAUUUUCUAUUUGCAUGCUCCGGAUAGGAGUACACCUUACGAGCAGACUCUUGCCGCGGUUGAUAUCUUACAUAAAGAGGGAAAAUUCACCAAAUUUGGAAUUAGUAAUUACACCGCAUGGGAAGUAGCACAAAUCCAAGAAUUAUGCAUUAAAAACAACUGGAUCUGUCCAACCAUCUACCAAGGCGUCUACAACGCCAUCCAACGCACCAUCGAACCCGAACUCCUCCCCUGUCUCCACAACUACAACAUGUCCUUCUACGCCUUCAACCCGAUCGCCGGAGGCUACCUCACCUCCCGCUACCACCGGGAUCAAGAAUCCGUAGAAGCAACUUCCCGCUUCGACGCAUCACACGUGCAAGGCCAACUUUACCGCAAGAGAUACUGGAACGAUACGAUGUUCGACGCAUUGGAUAUUAUUCGCGAAGCGGGCGGGAAGGAAGGUCUUACGGAGGCGGAAUGUGCGUUGAGAUGGUUGAUGCAUCAUAGUUUGUUGGAGGCAGAGAGGGGGGAUAAAAUUAUUAUUGGGGCGAGUAGUGAGGCGCAUUUGAGGGGGAAUUUGGUGGAUUUGGAGAAAGGUGCUUUAGGGGAGGGGGUGGUGGAGGCGUUGGAUAGGGCGUGGGGGAAGACGAAGGCGGUGGCGGGUUCGUAUUUUCAUUAG